UGCCAACAUCACCAACAUUCAGCUGGACUGUGGCAAGAUCUGGAUGUCUUUCCAGAAGGAGUGGUUCUCUGCAAACUUCUCCCGAUUCGACACUGACCUGAGACUGCCCUUCAAUGACAAGAUCAUAAAGGCGCAUGCGCACACGAACCUCGUUGUGGCGUUCUGGCUGGAGAAAGACGAGUUUGGCCGGAGGGAUCUGGUGAUAAGCGAUUGCGGCGUGGAGCCCAGCAGCGUCCAGACGACAGUCCUGACUCAAGAUUGCCCACCAAAGAUGAAACAUUUUCUCCGCAACCUCAGACACAAUCUGAAAAAAGUUAUCCCACACCAGGUAGAAAGUCAGGUGUGUCCUCUGACCGGUGAAGUCCUCAGGCAGCUGGAUGUGAAACUGUUGAAAAGCCUCAUGG